AUGAGGAAGCAGUUAGAGAUUUUGGAGCAUCGCCUGAGGAAGUGGUUUGUGACCAAGAGGCACCACCAUACAACAAGUUACCUGAAGAUGAAAGGCCUUAUGUUUACUGAUGGAUCUUGUUGUGUGGUAGAAAACCAUCGGAAGUGGAAAGCUGCUGUAUGGAGUCCUACACAACAAGUUGUUGAGGCCGCUGAAGGAGAAGGUGAAUCGAGUCAAUAUGCAGAAGUGAAAGCCAUCCAUCUGGCUCUAGAGAUUGCUGAAAGAGAAAAGUGGCUAGUAUUUUAUCUUUACACAGAUUCUUGGAUGGUGGCUAAUGCCUUGUGGGGAGGGCUACAGCAGUGGAAGAAGACCAAUUGGCAACACAGGGGAAAGCCUAUUUGGGCCGCCUCAUUGUGGCAGGACAUUGCUGCUCAGGUGGAGAACAUGACUCUGAGGGUACUUCAUGUUGAUGCUCACGUACCUAAAAGUCAUGCUAAUGAAGAACAUCAAAACAAUGAGCAUGCAGACAAGGCUGCCAGGAUUGAUACAGCUCAAGUGGAUCUAGACUGGGAGCAUAAAGGUGAACUGUUUGUAGGUUGA